AUGGCGACGCCGGUGGAGAAUAGGCCGGUGUCUUCUGGGGAGGGUGCUGAGCCGACUGUGUUGAGGGAUGAGAGAGGGGAGUCUAUAUUGCCUCUGGAGCCUUUGCGUGGGGUUGACUUUGGCGCGCAUUUGGAGAGUGGCCAUGGCGAGGAGACGGACGGUGCUGAGCCGCGACGGAGUGGAGGUUCUUACUUCACGAAUACACCAGGCGAGACGACCACGGAUGAUAUCAGAAAUCCAUUGAAGAAGGUGAAGACUGCGCCGGCGGAGAAUGGACGGCCGAGUACCCUCGCGAGGAACAGCACGUUGCUGAGGACGAUGAGGAGGCGGUCGCCUCAGGAUGAGCGCUUUCAGUAUACCUUCGAUCCCAUGUCGUCCGAUUCAGAAUCGAGUUCUUCGGAAGAUGAGAGUACGAGGAGGAAGGAACGGCCACCUGCGAAACGGACGCGAACGGCCGAGGAGGUGAAGGAGCAGGAGCAAGAGCAGACACAGGCGAAGGAGGAUGCGAAGAAGGGAAAGUCGUACUCGCGCUUCCGCAUCAGCAAUGAACAUAUGAGCACGAAAGGACGGGUGUCGAAACGAGACGGACGAUUGAAUAUCUCGAUCAAUCAGACGGCGAAUAGUGGAUACCUGGCGAAGGCUCUGGGACAUACCAUUCAGAAUCAUCUGGAUAUACCGAAUCGCAGUCGGGCGAGGAAGCAGCGCCAGCAUCUGGCUGAUCAUCCUGAACUUGACCCCGAUGUGGAUCUCGAUGCGGAGAAGAUCGCGUCGGCGCUGUACUCGAAUGUUGUGCGGCCGAAGUUGAAUAUCGUGAUUAUGGUUAUUGGCAGCCGAGGGGAUAUCCAGCCUUUUCUGAAGAUUGGCAAGAUCUUGAGGGAAGAACAUGGACACCGCGUGAGGAUUGCUACGCAUCCUACCUUUCGAGAAUUUGUGGAGAAAGAGACGGAUCUGGAGUUCUUCAGUGUAGGGGGCGAUCCCUCAGAACUCAUGGCAUUCAUGGUGAAGAAUCCUGGCUUGAUCCCCAGCCUGCAGACGAUCCGCGAAGGCGAGAUCCAUCGACGGCGAGUGGCUAUGGGGGAGAUGUUCGAGGGCAUGUGGCGGGCUUGCACCAACACGACGGACGACGACAGCGAUUCGUUGAAUAUCAAGAUGAUGGGUGAUAAAGCUCCCUUCGUCGCGGACGCCAUCAUCGCCAACCCGCCCUCGAUGGCACACGUCCAUAUCGCGGAGAGACUAGGGAUCCCGCUUCACAUUAUGUUCACGUUUCCUUAUUCGCCUACCCAGGCGUUCCCGCAUCCGCUAGCGAAUAUUAAGCCUGGGAAGAGUAAUGUGGAUACCAACUAUGUCAACUUCAUGUCCUAUCCUUUGGUGGAGAUGAUGACCUGGCAGGGCUUGGGGGAUAUCGUGAACAAGUUUCGGCAGAGGGUACUCGGCUUGGAACCUGUUAGUUCGCUAUGGGCCCCUGGAGCUCUGUACCGCAUGAAGGUGUCUUACACCUACAUGUGGAGUCCGAGCCUGGUGCCCAAGCCAGGCGACUGGGGUCCUGAGAUCGAUAUCGCGGGUUUCGUCUUCAUGGAUCUGGCCAAGAUGUUCAAGCCGCCGCAGGAUCUCGUGGACUUCUUGAACGCCGGUGACCCGCCGGUGUACAUCGGCUUUGGGAGUAUUGUCGUCGACGACCCGGAUCAGUUCACGAAGAUUCUCUUUGAGGCGACCAAGUUGGCUGGUGUGCGGGCUCUCGUGAACAAGGGCUGGGGUGGCCUGGGUCACAGCAAUGAGAACACGCCGGAUCAUAUUUUCAUGCUGGGGAAUACGCCGCACGAUUGGCUGUUUCCUAAGGUGAAGGCUGUGGUGCACCACGGUGGAGCGGGUACUACGGCUAUUGGGCUUAAGUGUGCGAAGCCGACGAUGAUUGUGCCGUUCUUUGGCGAUCAGCCGUUCUGGGCUGCUCGUGUUGCUGAAGCGAAAGCUGGUGCUCACGAGGUCAUCCCUUGGAAGAAACUUACUCCGGAGAAGAUGGCGGAGGGGAUUAAGCAGUGUUUGACGGAGGAGGCACAGAUCAAUGUGCGGAAGCUGGCGGAGGGGAUUGAAAAGGAAGGCGAUGGGGCGGAGAACGCUGUCAAGUCGUUCCAUCGAAGUCUACCUCUGGCUGGACCGCAUAGCAUACGAUGCUCGAUCUUGGAGGAUCGUGUCGCUGUGUGGCAGCUGAAGGGCUCUUCAUUGAGACUCUCCGCGCUCGCGGCAGAGUUGCUCAUGGAGAAGGGCAAGCUCAAGACGAGUGAUUUGAGACUGUUCCGAGCUUGUGCUUGGGCCGACUUCGAUGGGCCUGGGGAGCCAAUCUCUGGCACGGCAGGGGCUGUUACGGACUCGCUGUACAAUAUCGGUGGUGGCGUGGGUAUGGUUCCUGUCAGGGUUGCGAAGCAUAUGAAGAAGAGGGCGGAGCAUGAGAAGAAGAAGGCUGAGAUUCAGAAGAGGAAAGAGAACCGCAAGGAGGAGAAACGGCAGCGGAAAGCUGCGCAGGUUGAUGAGAAGCAGCAACAACAACUCCAGCGACCGCCGAAUGAUCGUCAGGAUACUUCGAAUACGCUCAGCUCGAAACUCUCAGCGGAUCCGAGCACACCUCUGGCUCAUGAACUCGCACGAGACUUCCACGAAGGUUUCAAGCGUUCCGGAGCUGCGUUACUCACCAUGCCCAACGACCUCCACGUCGCCAUCGCCCAAGGCUUCCACAACGCACCUCGACUCUGGGGCGACGCCACGGUGCGAAAACCCAUCCGCGUCACAGGCUUCAAAACAGGCCUCGUGGCCGCGCGCAAAGAACUCAUCUACGGCGUCUGGGACGGCUGGACAGGCCUCGUAACACAACCGAUCGGCGGCUUCAAAGACGGCGACACGAUACCGUCCAAACUCGCAGGUUUCGGGACCGGGGUCGGCAAGGGCGUCGGCGGGUUCGUCCUCAAGAACGUCAGCGCUGUCGUCUCCCCGCCGGCGUAUAUCGGCAAGGGUAUGAUUGUGUACAUCAAGAAAAAAGCGGAACACAACGGUCCCGGCUCGAAGGCGUAUAUCCGCAAAGCGCACCUCAUCCAGGGACAGAAGGAUUUGCAGGCGCUCCUCGCACGCGGAAGCCAUGAUAAGCGGACGGAGGAGAUCCGCGAGCGGGUGGACUACGGCUGGAAAGUGUACGAGCAGGUGUGGUCGGCGGCGAACACGACGUACAAUGCCGUAGGGGCGAAUGUGGCGGGGAAGUUGAAGUUGAGGAGGGAGAAGAGGCGGUGGAUUGAGAGCGGGGCGUUGGAGAAUGUGGAUGCGGCGGAGAGGGCGUUGAGGGUGCGGCAGGAGGGCAAGAAUCUUGAGAGGCAUUUUGCGAGAAGGAGGAGGGAGGUGCGCGUUGCGGAGUUGCCUAGGGCGCCGGCUAUGGAGCAGCCGGAAAGGUAUGAGGAUUCUCCGAAUGUUUUGCCGAAUGGGAGGCGGUCGCUUAGCGAGAGUACGGCUGUGGCGACGCCUGAGGAAGAAGGGCAUGCGAAGAAGGCGCCCAAGGAUAGUAUGAGUAUUGAUGGGGGAAGGGGGAGUGUGGCGAAGUUGGACUUUGGGAAGGGGGUUGGUAAUAAGGGGAAGAUGAUGAAUGGUGGUGCUGGUGCUGGUACUGCGUUGGGGCCCAGGAGGUCGAGGGGGUUGAGUCGGGUUGCGACGACUUGA